CACGUUGUAACCCCAGACGUACCUGAAAAUGCGGGAACACGUAAAAUACUGUAUGCGUUCCCAUGGUAACAAAUGUCUGGUCCAAUAUCGCCAACCUGAUCAACUUUUGCAUACGUCGGGUCUAUCGAACAAUUGGGUCAUAACGCCAUCCGAGAUAUUGCCUGAAAUUCCAAGCUUGGUCUUUGCAACCCAACACCUCAGAAGACCAGCGCCCAAUAGGCACAAGCUUCACGAAUGAAUGACGGACACUCUUAACAACACCAUCCAAUCCCCGCCUCCCAAGAGGAGAGUCGCUGGCACCAUGUCUUCUUCGACGCCUUCCUUACAGCCAAGUGCACUGGAUCGCACUCGAUCACUACGGAAACCCACGAGUACCGCGAGACUGAUGAAGGAUACCACCACUACCGGCGCGGUUGGUACGUCUGCUGGCAGCAGUGCCACCAGGGGAGCAGGAGUAGGUGGACCGAAACAACGGCCUGUCUCGAUGAUCCAGAUGCCAUCAACAAAAGGAGCGUUGCCUGCGCCAGGGUCGGCUUCUCGGACUGCUGGGACCAGCAGCAUUGGUACAGCUGUCAGCGGGAGCGGAAUCAAAAGGAUGGCUAGUGUCAGAAGCGGCACCAACAACAGCAAUAUAAAACCACCAGCCUCUGGAGGGCUUAAUCGACUGGCUAGUACUAGGCUAAAGCGAGAGGGAGGGAAGCUUGCGGAUGCGGAUGUAGGGACUGGCGCUGAAGUUGGAAGUGGGAUAUCCAGUGGUUCUGGCAGCAGGGUUGGAUCGGGAGCAGCCAUGGCAACAUCACCAACAACAUCAACAACUGCCACAAAGUCGACAACAUCGACAAUAUCCAGUCUGAGACAACCUCUCCGUGCUCGCGUUCCCACGGUAUCUAAAGCCACUCCUCUGUCACCGCCAACCACAACAACACGAUCAGUGUCAGGACCCUUCGGAAUGACUCGUCCAACUACUUCGUCAAGUUCAGGCUCAAUGGCCACCAUCACUAGCCCAAGGGCAACUGCUACAUCAGGUUCUGGUACCAGAAUAGGUACGGGAAUUGGUCUCGCGGGAAGAGGGCAUGCGCGCACCCAGUCAGCAACAAUAAGCUCACCAAAGCCGAAAACGCCAAAGCCAGCACCACGAAACCCAGCAGCAUCGGGAACUUCAGCCAUAGAGUCCUCGAAAGGUACCACGAGUACAGAGGUCGGGGUUGCUGGAGGGAGUGGAAGUGAACCACCCAAAAGCGCUUCCAAAGGAGUUCUACCACCAAGCACUCCUGGUAAGAGUAGGCCUCAACGGUCUCCUGCCACCGCUACGCCAAAGCCAGCAACGGCAGGAGGGACGCCCAAAACAUCGACUGGAACCGUACUAAGGUCAUCACCAGCUCACAAACGACAAAACUCGGCAUCUUCGGUUUCAACCACCGGAACGAAGGCCAGGACAGCGGCGAAUCCCGGAACGGCAACGAGUACAGCACCAACCCAGACUCGACGUCUCGCCGCUUCCAGGAGACCACUCUCCGUACAAGCCCCCGAAGCAGCAAUAGCCAAUAUUGUAAAACUAGCACCAAAAAUAUUAUCCUCAACACGGCCCCCUGCUACAGCAACCACCACAGCUACAGCCACCAAACCUCCCCCCUCACGCCAACCAAACACCACAGCCUCCUCAUCCCUUACAACAGCCAAGCCAUCGGUCCCCAAACCCAAAACCCACCUCCCCGCUCCCCAUGCCACCCAGCAGCACCCCCAGCCCCGCCACGACUUCGACACCUACCAACAACACUACACCCCCGCCAAGAUCCCUCUCUUACCCAAACCCUUGACAUCUACCUUCCUCGCCCCUCCCACGCCCUCCAAGCAGCCGCAAAAUACGGAGCUGUUGCAGUUGCAUUUGCUCCAUCGGGAUGCGGAGUGGGUGAGGGGGGAGUGGGAGGGGGAUGCUAAGGAAAAGUUGAGGGAGCGGUGGGAGAGGUUGAGAUGGGCUGGGGAUGGGCUAGGACUGGGGCAUGGAAGAGAAGAAGGAGUAGUAGUAGGGGGAGGCAAGUUGGAAGAGGAAAAGAUUCAGGCGCUGGAUGAAGUAGUUUCGGGGGUGUGGGCUAUGAGCGAACCAUCUUCUUCUUCGUCUUCGUCUUCGUCUGGGAUAACCAUGGGGAAGUUUGAGGUGUGGGCUGAACGGGCGGCCAGGAUAUUGGAGGAACGCAGAAGCGCAGCAGAUGAUGAGGAGAGUGGAGGGCUGAAGCUGGAUGCGAAUGGCGAGGUGGAAAUGGUCGGAGGGUUGGAUGUCGACUGGAAGAAUGAGUGCGUUGCGCUCGGGAGGCGGUUGGAGGAGUGGCGGAGGAUGUUGGGGGAGUUGGGCGGAGUGGUGGAAGACAUUGAGGGGGGGAUGAACGAGAGAGAGGAAAAGGAAGAAGAUGAGUCGGCUCUAGACAGGAUUCUGAGCGGAUUCGGAAGUUUGGUGGAUAAUAUGCUUGCUGAGUUGGAGGUUAUGGAGCAGAUUGAGAGGGAGGCCGUGGCGGAGGAGAAUGAGUGGGUGCGUAGAAUGAACAGGGUCGACGAUGAGAAGGAGGGAGAGGAGAUCAUUGGGAAGCGGGCGGGAGCUAUCUGGAGGGCUCUUUGAUGGGUGAGGAUUUGAUGUUUUAUGAGUAAAAUGAAAGGAGUAUGGGAUGAUUAUGGUGAAGAGACACGAUGGAUGGGUUAUGGCUGUUUGCAUAUCUUUCGUUUGGGUUGGGAACCUGAAGGCAUGGAGAUAGAAAGCUUUCCGGUUCCGUGAUUUCGUUCGUAGUUCAUCAGAGGUGUUGAGCGUUCCUCUCCAUUGAGUCCUGUCCAACCUUAUAUCAGACUAAUGGAUAGUGUAUCGGUUUUCGUCUCCUUCUACAUUGCAUCUUGUCUCUCGCAUGCCUAUGACCUCGUGACAUUGUGUGAUUUGGUGUUUGGCCGUUUGAUUCUCCCUCAUUUGUGAAGUAUCCUUUCCAGCAGAGCCGUCAGUAUAAUCUCUUGCAAUGAC